UCGCCAUAUAUCUACGUCGUACACCAGACCUGUAGCCCACUGACACCAAGCCAACACACGUACAACACUUAACACGACAAUACCGUCGACUGCUGCACGAGGGGCAAUCCGUUUGAGAUGCUCGAAAACCACGUUGCUCAUAACGCUGCGGCGGCCUCACUCCUAGGAUGGGAAGGCGUAAGCCUCGCCCAAGCGGGAAGACUAGCUCAGUCGCACUGGAAGCGCAGACCCCGUUUCAGUGAGUUAGAAUCUGAUAUGCACAGCAAAAAUCUCCUGGCCGACUCCACUCGCGCAUUAGUUGGUUAGCUUUGAUAGCCUCACCCACGAGGGGUCGAUAACGACCUGAGGUAAGGAUCCGCAUCCAAGCGUUCUAUGAAGUACCGCAUGUCCAGGCCGUAACAUGGUCCUUCCGGGUUGUCCAAAGGGUGCACCUAUAGGUAGAUUCUCCAGCCUUCAUAGCGGGCCGACCGUGAGCUUGGUCGGUACAACCGCCGUGCGAGAUAAAGUAGUUGCGCAAUGACGGACAC